UAUGGAUUUGGACACCUUGCAAGCUUUGCAGAAUGAACUCAUCUGCUCCAUUUGUAUGAACUACUACAUAGACCCUGUCACCAUUGACUGUGGGCACAGCUUUUGCAGUCCCUGCCUGCACCUCUGCUGGGAGGAAGCCCAGACCCUGAUGUCCUGCCCUGAGUGCAGGGGAAUUUCAGAGAAAUCAGACUUCAAAACCAAUAUUGCGCUCAAGAAACUGGCAUCCCUUGCCAGACGGGCCAGAGUUUACCACGCCAACAGCUCCAAUGAGCAGAUCUGUGUGAUACACAAGAAAGCAAAGGAGUUCUUCUGUGAGGCUGACAAGAGCCUGCUGUGUGGGCUCUGCUCUGAAACACCGGAGCAUGUGGCUCAUGGCCACAGUCCAGUCCAGUGGGCUGCUGAGGAAUACAGGGUGGAGAAACUUCUGAAGAGAAUGGGCUCUUUAUGGAACAUGACUCAAGAAAUGCAAAAUGACCUGAAUCAAGAAGCUAACAAAAUCCAGUCAUUUGAGGACUAUGUGCUUUUAAGGAAGGUGAUGAUCAAAAUGCAGUAUCAGAAGAUGCAUCUGUUUCUCCGUGAGGAGGAGCAACUCCAUCUGGAGACACUGGAGAAAGAGGCAGAGGAGAUUUUGCAACAACUCCAGGAAAGUGCAUUCAGAAUGACCCAACAGAAAGCAAGCCUGAAAGAAAUGUACAAAGAGCUGGCUGAGAUGUGCCACAAGCCUGACCUGGAGCUGCUCCAGGACUUGGGAAAUGUAUUGCAAAGGACUGAAUUGGUGCAGGUGCAAAAGCCUCAGCCCAUGAUUCCAGAGCUCACCUCGCACGGCAUCACAGGAAUCCUAGACAUACUGAACAACUUCAGAGUGGAUAAUGUGCUGAGUCAGGAAGCCACUGGUCGCUACAUGUGCGUUUCUGAGGAUGCUGGAAGUGUGAUGUUUGGAGUCACCCAUCCUGGUGUGUACAGAGAGCCUGAGAGCCUGGCGAGCUUGGCAGCCUGGGGACCUCAGGUCUUCACCUCUGGUAAACAUUACUGGGAGGUGGAUGUCACAUGCUCCCCAAAUUGGAUUCUGGGAGUCUGUAAAGAUUCCUUGAUGAGUAAUAUUGAUAUCAUUAGUGAUCCUGAGGCAGCAUUUCUUCUGUUUUCUUUGAAGAUACACAAUCGUUAUAGUCUCUCCACCAACUCCCCGCCCUUAAUUCAGUAUGUGGAAAGGCCUCUGGGUCAGAUUGGAGUAUUUCUGGAUUAUGACAAUGGAACUGUGAGCUUCUAUGAUGUUUGCAAAAGUUCCCUCAUAUACAGUUUCCUUCCUUCCUCCUUCUCUUUCCCUCUGAAGCCAUUCCUUUGCUUUGGUUCCCUCUGAAAAAACAAGUUUUGUGAGCAUUUAUUUGAUGAAUUCCCAUGUCUGAGGAAAUUCCUAUCAUGAAAUCUUUUCAUGUAAAACAACAGGAUAAUAAGGGUCUUUGAGCACACUGACUUAAGGGAACAGAAUCAUUGUACGUUUAUAAAAUGGCAUUAACUAUGUUGACUAUAUAAAUUUGUGUAUUAAAUUUUCUUUUAAUAAAAAAUUGU